CAGAGGAGAAAGGAAAGAGGCAGGGCUGAAACUGAGAGGCUGGCAAACACAGAGGCAGACAGGCAGGACACAAGUCAACAGCUCUCCUCAAGAACAGGGGACUACGGCAUGGACAAGGAGUUGGCACACGCCACUGGUUCACACUCCAUCUGUCUGAAGCCACAAUUGAUGGAAUGGAGGGACCUUCCCUUGGUGAGAUGCCACCUGUAGAGCUGUAGACCUGUAGUUCCAUGAUGCCUCUGUGACCGACAGACUGACCUCGUCGUCUUAGACAUGUUUAGGUCUCUUCCGAAGAAUUUAUGUCACAGUUCACAGAUCUGCAUAUUCUGGACAGUACCGGUGCCCAAAUCUAAAUUGUGAUGAAAGUUUGGGGUUCGGCUGGAUCAGGAUAAACACAGAGGGGCCAAUGCACAGGACUUCAAUCUAUUACCUGUCAGCUGUGGAACAAGAGUAGCAACAAAAAAUAUUUUUCUUCAUCUGCUUCAAGCUUCUCGUGAGAGGAGAGCCAUGCAGGACAGCUUGCUCCUCGCGUGACACAUCGAACUCCAGCCAUGAUAUCCACGGCAUUCAAAUGGGUGGUGCUCGUGGCGUUCAUCGUGCUGAUCAUCGGCGGUAACGUGCUGGUGUGCCUGGCCGUUGGCACGAGCCGCCGGCUCCACCGGAUCGCUAACUGCUUUGUGGUGUCGCUGGCAGUGUCCGAUCUGCUGCUGGGCCUGUUGGUGCUCCCCUUGUCAGCCACACAGGAGCUGCGCGAUGGCCUUUGGCCACUGGGGGGCACACUCUGCAACAUCUACAUCUCCAUGGAUAUAAUGUUGUGCGAGGCGUCCAUCCUUACCCUGCUUGCCAUCAGCGUGGACCGCUACUUGGCCAUCACGGGCCCGCUGUGCUACCCAAGGCGGGUCACCCCGAGGCGGGUGGCCGCCGCCAUCGUAGCCAUCUGGGCAAGCUCGCUGGCUGUAUCCUUUAUGCCUAUUCACCUGGGCUGGAACACACAGAACUUUACCGUCCAGCACGCGGACUGGCUAAUGCAUGAGGAGAAGGAGAAAUGGAGCUGCCGCUAUGAGUGGAAUAACAGCUACGUCAUCCUGGACUCCUUUGGCACGUUUUACCUCCCCCUGUUGGUCAUGUGUGGGAUGUACCAUCGGAUCUUCUGUGUGGCUCGUGAACAGGUGCAGCGCAUCCGUGCAGCCACGCCCUCCUUUGCCCGCUCGGCCUCGGCCGCUGCGACGGCUCGCGAGCACAAGGCCACGGUGACCUUGGCGGCCGUGCUGGGGGCCUUCGUCAUCUGCUGGGUCCCCUACUUCACCUACUUCACCUGCAUGGGCAUGCGGGCCGAGCCCAACCCGCCCGAGAUCAUUCACUCGGUGGUGCUGUGGAUGGGCUACUUCAACUCGGCGCUCAACCCCAUCCUCUACCCGGCUCUCAACCGUGACUUCCGCCGGGCCUACGGCCAGCUGCUGCGCUGCAAGGGGGCCAGUCACCGGCCCUCCGCCACCUCCAUGUGCGUGGCCCUGCAGAAACGAACUUCCACCUCCAACGGACACCAAAUUGUCCACGACAAGGGCAAGUCGCUGCAGGACAGCUAUCUCAAUAUCCAAGAGGGAAACAGAAACGGUUUAACUGACCAGACAAGGUCUUAAACUAACCUUCUCCCUGACGUCUACCUGGUGACAGGUGAGACACACAGAAAUAUACCAAAGGUGAGAGAAACAGACAUAAUUAAACAGACAGACAGACAUACUUGAAGUGAGAUACAAAUAAUUACACAGUGUGGUGUGUGGAUAAGAAAGCAGGAAAUGUAUUGCAAUGGGGAUUAGGAGAUAAGAAGAGGGAUUUUCCUUGGGUUUGAUAUGUGACUGUGACUGUGUAGGCUCCAGUGGUGCUUUCCUAUGAGCUGUGGCUACUGCAAUAUGCAUACGCCAUAUGGAUGUACAGAAUGAAAUGCUCAUGAUUAAUGCACAUUUGGAAUGGCUGAAGGGAAGUCUUUCGAAAAUGUCUGGUGGAAAAACGAAAUGAAACUUAGAUGUCCAUCUUGCACAGAUGAUCAGGCUAUAUAAUUACUGCCAACAACAAUGCUCGACAAGAACUUUGUACACUUACAUCUGCAGAUCAUUGUCCUGCAAUUGUAGGGUUUAUUCCCAUAGAGAACUUUAUAAGAGUAGUGUGUGACAUGACCUGUUCUUUCUGUCUGGGACAGUGUAACAUAAAUUGCUUUGCAAGAGCAGAGACAGAAAAGGGGACAGGGACUAGUGAAAGAAUGUCAGGGAAGAACACGGCAUGUCUUGCAGUGACAAACAGCCUGGUUGGGAAUGGCAAAUGAGUGACUAUCCUGUCCCGUUUCCUAGAUUACCUCUGGGGGGACAGAGAGUGAGCGAGAGUGAGGGAGAAAAGGACGGGACAGGCCCAACCAGUCAGGGCUGCUUCAGACGGCUAAUGAGGAGAGUCGCCGGUGACCAGAGGACGUCUGGCUAAAUCUGAAUUUCUUCUUCUUCCUAUCGGGUCCAAAGGGCAAAAGCUGUGUUCUUUCCCAGUCAUGGUGUGGGGAAGGGUUGCUACAUAAUGGGAGUCAGACAUUGUCUCUAAAUAUGUCCUGUCACUUUAGUUACUUUGUGAACUGCUUCUGUAAGAUGUGAGAUAUUUUUAUGUUUGUAUUUGAUGAUGAUACACACUCAUGCCAUAACAGAUAUUGUAUUAAGGGUAUUUAAGUGCAAUUCAUUUUCUAAUUGAUUUUGUCUUUCCCAUCCCCCUUGCCAUGAUUCAGUGAGUGACAUAUGACAUAUUAGACACAUGUCUAAAAUGUAAACUUGCAAAAGUAAAACAAUAGACUCCUUUCAUAAGAAGAUGUGUUACUAUAAGCCUUUCAUAAGAAGAUGUGUUACUGCCCUCUAGUGGAAGCACUACCACAGCACAGUGAAAAUGCACAGCAGUGCCCAAAGUCACCCACAGAGGGCAGAAGAGGAGCAUGCUCAUUAAAUGGAAUGGUGGAGUACAGGGGGAAAUGGAGAGGGAUGGGGGGGGUUGUCAGAAUCUGCAACAGAAUCAUACCACACUUUUAUCCUUGCCCUGAUUUAUACAAAAAUAUGGUAUGCAACUGAUUGUUACUAAAAUUGUCCUAUAGUAUUGUUGUGGUGCCUAACCAUGGCAGA